UGGACUUGGAUUGAUUUCAUUGAAGAUCACUCUCUUCAAUCUCGCCACCAUGGGAAGGAGUGCGAAAGUCCACAAGAGAACGAAACCGCAAAAAUCGUCCAAAAGUACCUCAAACACCCAAUCUACAUCAUCCGCUUCCAGAGCUAACACCGCUCCAAAAUCAUCUCAGGCUUCCACAGCCGUACAAUCAGCAAAAAAGCGAGCCACGUUGAAAGACAAAGUGAAGCCAAAAUCCGGACACAGUGAGGGGGCAGAGGGGCAGCAUGUCUUGGGUGGUGCAGACUAUGUCACGCUUCUGAUGGGCGGGCGGAGAAAGGCAGCUGCAGAAGCGCUGAAAAUGCCUCAAGAAAAAAAUUGACAGUUUUUGAAUGCAUGGGCAAAAGUCGAGAUAUCCAGGGUCGCAAAAGGUUAUCUGAUCAAUUCUGUGGAGACAGAUCGGCCAAGUAUAAUGGCGGAGGAAGCUGGCAUCUGAUGGCAAUGUCUAUUGGAGCCAAAAAGGUAUACUAUUAUCACGUACCCGCAUAAUGUACGCAACCCACAGUCAUGACACACAUGGCGGUCCGACCUGCUAUUCGGGGGAUAACACAUGACGAUGACCUGGCUUGCGAGUUGUGUCGUGAUAAUUCUCAUCAGAAAGAGUUGCUGUCUUUAUUCGUUCAGCCGAAACAUUAUCUUUGAAGCAGAUGGAGACUCGAGCCAUGAACACGUAAACGGAUGACACUACAUAUUUCUUGAAAGGAGUGGAUGAAUCUACACUGGGUACAGAUGUAAAAAAGCAAACUAUUCUACAUACCAAGAGACU